AUGGCAGCAUCGACAGAGGUUGAGAAGAAGAAUCUGAAAGAGGAGCCGGAACAAGUUGUGAAUCCAUGGGAGGUCUCUUCCAAAGGCAAAAUCGAUUACGACAAGCUCAUCGACCGUUUUGGUUGCCAGAAGCUCGACGACACUCUCAUUUCGCGCCUUGAACGCCUCACCUCGCGCGCUCCGCACGUCUUUCUACGACGCGGUGUUUUCUUCGCCCACCGCGAUUUUGCGGAUAUUCUGGACGCGUACGAGAGAGGCGAUAAAUUCUACUUGUACACCGGACGCGGACCUUCUUCCGAAGCGUUGCACUUGGGGCAUUUGAUUCCCUUCAUGUUCACUAAGUAUUUGCAAGAUGUGUUUAAGGUUCCUCUGGUUAUACAGCUCACUGAUGAUGAAAAGUUCUUCUGGAAAAAUCUUACUGUAGAGGAGUGCCGAAGACUUGCAAGGGAGAAUGCAAAGGAUAUUAUUGCUUGUGGUUUUGACAUUUCAAAGACGUUCAUCUUUUCUGAUUUUAAUUAUGUUGGCGGUUCCUUCUAUAAGAACAUGUGUGAGGUUGCAACACGUGUGACUUAUAACCAGGCAGUUGGCAUCUUUGGUUUUGCUGGGGAAGACCAUAUUGGAAAAGUUAGUUUUCCACCUGUGCAGGCUGUUCCAUCAUUUCCUAGUUCAUUUCCUCACCUAUUUUCUGGAAAAGAGAAUCUCCGGUGUUUAAUUCCUUGUGCAAUUGACCAGGAUCCAUAUUUUAGAAUGACGCGUGAUGUUGCUCCGCGAAUGGGUUUCAACAAGCCAGCCCUCAUUGAAUCAUUAUUUUUCCCUGCAUUACAGGGGGAAACAGGAAAAAUGUCUGCCAGUGAUCCCAACUCUGCAAUAUAUGUGACUGAUUCUGCAAAAGAUAUAAAGAACAAGGUAAACAAGCAUGCGUUUUCUGGUGGGCAAGAUUCUGUUGAAAAACAUAGGCAAUUGGGGGCAAAUCUUGAGGUAGAUAUACCAAUUAAAUACCUAACUUUUUUCCUAGAAGAUGAUGCUGAACUCGAACACAUCAAGAAGGAAUAUGGAGAAGGGCGCAUGCUAACUGGUGAGGUAAAGCAACGGCUAAUUCAAGUCUUGACUGAACUAGUGGAAAGACAUCGUAGGGCUCGAGCUUCUGUGACUGAAGAGAUGGUGGAUGCAUUUAUGGCUGUCAGACCACUUCCCCACAUGUUUGACUAG